UUUACAUUAUUGGAUUAUUAUAGACUUUAUAGGUACAUAAAAUAUUUAUAUGUAUAAGAAAAUUAACGUAAAAUAAACUAACUAAGCCCACGACAUCUGAGCUUAGUAGCCUUAUUUGAUCUAAAAUCAGCCCAUUACGAAUGCUUGAUUAGUCAUUUAGUUGAUUAAAACAACACUAUUUUUUAAAGUACGGACUCUAUGCUCUCCCAGCCGUCUGAUGAUAAGCGACCAGUGAUUAUGAACCGUUCGAUAAACACCACAAGAAUCCGAGACGACCAAGAUCUGGUUUUCCUUUCCAGUCAUUUUAUUUAUUCUCUCUCGAGACUCUUUCUUAAAAGUCAACCCCUCAUUCUCUCUCCCUUAAGGCCUUCCUCCGGACGAAGAAUCUGGUAAAAGAAAGAUGUCUAGUUCUCAAGAAGAAGACAAGAAGCCCGAAGACCAAAAACCUCAAAUCAUUCUUAAAGUCAAGAGCCAGGAUGGAGAUGAAGUCUUAUUUAAAAUCAAGAAAAGCACUCCGCUGAGAAAAAUCAUGUAUGCUUACUGCGACCGCCGAGGUUUGAAACUGGACGCAUUCGCUUUCAUGUUUGAUGGGACUCGUAUCCGUCGUGAGGACACUCCACAUGAGCUUGAUAUGGAAGAUGGAGAUGAGAUCGACGCUUUCCGAACGAUGAGUGGUGGUCUACGAGCAGAUCAACGUCAGUGGUCUUAUAUGGUUUUCGAUCAUAAUCGGCUUUAAUUAUGAAUAACUUGGCAGGCUUUGUAAUACUUACCCUACUGGUCAUUUUUCUAUGUAUGUCAUGGAAGUUAUUGGAUCCUAUAAUAUUAAUGCGUUCGUUAUGGAAGA